AUGGAGGGUGCCGCCCGCGAGGUCGCUGACCUGGCGAGCCGCGCGGCUGCUGCGGGGCCGGGUGCAGACGCCCUGAUUGGCGGCGGCGGCAGCGGCGGCAGCGGCGGCAGCGGCGGGCUGCGGCCGGGCGGGGAAGAGCUGCUGCGGCGGCUGCAGCGGUACGUCGACGAGAUUACGGCGGCGUCCGAGGAGCGCAGCGCCGAGGUGCGCCGCGACGCUGAUGAGCUGGCGGCGCGCCACACGGACCUACGGCGGCGGCUGCGGCUGCUGUACAACGGCUACCGGGCCCUCAGGUGCGCGGGCGCGCUCACCACCCCCGCGCUCGCCAGCGACCGCGGCAAACCCUCGCCGGCGCUGGCGGACGCUGUUCUGGCCGGCGGCAUGGAGGAGAUACUCAAGCAGGAUGAGGGGGCGGACCGGGCGGCGAUGGGGCGCGCGCUGGAUAAGGCGGCGCGGCUGGAGGCUGAGCUGGGGGCCCUGAAGGUGCGCCAGCUGGAGUUUGACACCCUCGGCCCCCAGGGCCUCGGCCGCCUGGCGGCGGGCGGCCAGCCGGCCGCGGCGCAGCGGGCGGCAGAGCUCCGCGCGAUAGGCGCUGGCGCCCUGCAGCUGGAGAAUGUUCGGCUGCGGGAGGAGCUAGAUCGCCUCAAGCGGCGCCUCACGCGCAACGAGAGUGUCGCAGCCGCGGCCGCGGGCACGGCGGCGGGACAACCGGACGUGGCGGUGCUGCAGGAGAUGACCAAGCUGCGCCUGGAGAACGCCCAGCUGCGCGCCGACGCCGUCGCCGCUGCAGCUGCGCCUGCAGCCGCCCCCGCCUCAGCGGCCCGGGCGGCUGCCGGCGCCGCGCCGGACGCGGCGCUGCGGCGCCAGGUCAAGGAGUUUGCCGCCACCACCCAGUCAGAGCUCGAGCGGAAACUGCAGGCGUACCUGUCCCAGGCCUCGGUCGCAUACCAGAGGGAAAUCGUGCGGCUCAGGGCAGCGCUGGGGGCAGCAGCCGGGCCCGAGGCCGGGGACAGGCAGCCGGGUGGGGGCGGGCCCGUGCAGCUGCCGCCGCUGGCGCGCUGA